AAAUAUCAUGAUACAUGGUCCAGUACUACGACGAUGACACCAGGUAGACAUGUCCAUUUUUAUUACACGCUUUUGCAAAAUGAUGGGAAUUUAUUGAAUCGUUUUUUUAAAGGAUUUUCUGAGAUAUUUUUACUGAUCACCUAUCCUCAGAGUAGGUUGUCAGUAUCUGAUCGGUGGGGUUCGACACACGAGACUCCCGCACAUGCACAGCUGCUUAUAUCGCUUCUUAUUCUCUGUUCUGGAGAUGGGAGCGUGUCCCCGAGGGCUGCCUUCUCGGAGGACAUCCAAAACGAUGAGGGGAGACACUGCUGCUGCCUGAAACCCUCAGUAUCCUAAGUGGCAGGAAAUAAUGGGAUCAGGUGUAGGGGAAGGGCUUUUGAUUGCUGACAUCCAUGUUUGCUGUCCCUGGGAGGUUCCUACAAUAUAGAAUCAUCUCAGUUAAUAUCUUCCACUAAACAGAAUUUUCCUGAUUGACCCAUCAUGGAUAGGGACAGAGACAAGAUGGCAGAGAGGAUAUUAAAUCUCACCCUAGAGAUUCUCUUCCAACUUACUGGAGAGGAUUACACAGUGGUGAAGAAGAUCUCUAGUGAGCGCUGUCAGGCCCCUGUGUCUGAAGGAUGGGGAAGAACCUUGAGCCCAAUCACGGGGCCUCCACCUCACUCCCUGAUAAAUAAGGAAAUCAAUGAACAGAAGAUCCUAGAACUCACCCACAAGAUGAUGGAGCUGCUGACUGGAGAGGUUCCUAUAAGGUGUCAGGAUGUCACUGUCUAUUUCUCCAUGGAGGAGUGGGAGUAUGUAGAAGGACACAAGGAUCUGUACGAGGAUGUCAUGAUGGAGGACCACCAGACCCUCACAUCACCAGGAAGAUCCAGUAAGAGAAGAACACCAGAGAGAUGUCCCAGUCCUCUUCUUCCACAGGAUCAUCAGCUUUUGAAUCUGGAUAAAGAUCUGAGCAAUAAUAAUUCUACAGAGACAUAUGUGAGGGGUGAUGACCCGUGUAAGGAAGAAAUUACUACAGAGACAUAUGUGAGGGGCGAUGACCAGUGUAAGGAAGAAAUUACUACAGAGACAUAUGUGAGGGGCGAUGACCAGUGUAAGGAAGAAAUUACUACAGAGACAUAUGUGAGGGGCGAUGACCAGUGUAAGGAAGAAAUUACUACAGAUAACCACCCAGCAGGGGACUGUACCAGGAGCUCAGAGGAACAUCUGCUAUCUUCAUCUUUUAAAGCAAUUGGUCAUGCUCUCGUACAAGACACAAAUGAAGAGCAUGCCAUUAUCUCGGAUAUACCCUCAGCUCUGCAUAGUCAAGUUUGCUUGUUUGAUCCAUUUAAACAUCUUCUAUCUCCUGAUUCAUCACAGACUGUAAAGCAGAAUAAAAGUCACAGAAGGGAUGUUAAACAUCAAAGAACAUACACAGGGAAGAAGACAAUUUCAUGUUCAGAAUGUGGGAAAUGUUUUGCUUGGAAAUCACAACUUGUUGACCAUCAACGAAUUCACACAGGGGAGACACCAUUUUCAUGCCAAGAAUGUGGGAAAAGUUUUACUUGGAAAUCACAACUUGUUAAACAUCAGAGAAUUCACACGGGGGAGACGCCAUUUUCAUGUCCAGAAUGUGGGAAAUGUUUUACACACAAAACAGCACUUGUUGCACAUAAGAGAAUUCACACAGGAGAGAAGCCAUUUUCAUGUCCGGAAUGUGGGAAAUGUUUUGCACAGAAAACGACACUUGUUGCACAUCGAAGAAUUCACACGGGAGAUAAGCCAUUUUCAUGUCCAGAAUGUGGGAAAUGUUUUACUUGGAAACCACAACUUGUUAAACAUCAACAAACUCACACAGGGGAAAAGCCAUUUUCAUGUUAAGAAUUUUGGAAAUGUUUCUUUAGAAAAGCAAUAAUUUUUUAUUUUUUUUAUUUCUCAUAAAUGUAACACAUUUUCAUCUAAGCGUGUCAUGCACACCAUACAUGCAAGGGUGAAAAUAAACUCCAUACAUUAACAUACCAGACAGGCAGCUACAUCUGAGAUCAUAGAAGUCCAUGAAUUGAGAUACCGUAUUGAUUAUAUGGUAUGGUUAGCUUUUUACCCCUUUAGCGCCUCCCGCUCCCUCUGUCACCUGUGAUUUGUUUCAAGGGUCCCAAUAUUCCUUUCAAGACCUCUGUGUGGUACCAGAUUGAGUUUGUACAUGGAUACAUUAAUGUAUUUAUUUCCUCCUGAGACAAUGCUGUUCUAAUAAACUUCCUCCAGCAUUGGAAGAAGCUUUUAGUCUUAGUUUUUUGCCCUUAGCCUCUAGUUUCUCUACAUACAUGAAGUUUUUCAGCUGCGCUUGUACCUCUAUUGUAGAUAGCAUGCUAGAGGAAAGGCUCGUUUUGCUACAAGUAGUGAUGUGUAUUAGGGCUGGUAAGUUUGCCCUGUCUCUGCCACCAUGUCACAGUCCCUCAGGUGACUGAUGUCAGGAGAUCAAGGAGACUGGCUAAGCGUGGAGGAAUCUAACAGCCUCCUUGAUUUCUCUUGAUUCAGUGUGGCUAGGGUUAAUGGCCACUUCCCUUGUCUCAGCUGUUGCUCAGUGGUCAUUACUUCUACCCUUUAUAGUCUGACCCCACCCUUCUGACUAUGAGGUAGAUUGCUUUAUUUGG